AUGAGCGACUUCCUGAAUUUUUGUUCCGAGUCGGGAUCUCUAUUUCAGGAGGGCGCGUCACAGUUUGAGAAAUCAGCCGCGACGCUGAAGCGUAAGUACUGGUGGAAAAAUAUCAAAAUGAUCAUCAUUAUGUGUGCGAUUCUCGUCGUGCUGAUCAUUUUCAUUAUCAUCUGGGCAAGCAAUAAUGGAUUUUUGAUUGAUCGCUGCACUGGGUAUAAAAUGACAUUCGCUUCUGGGCACGACUGGCUAGACUUAUUCCAUGAGGGCGCGUCACAGUUCGAGAAAUCAGCUGCGACGCUGAAGCGUAAGUACUGGUGGAAAAAUAUCAAAAUGAUCAUCAUUAUUGAAAGUUCGAAAAGAUAA